CAAAAAGUCGUCGCCCCGUCCGUCGUCAUCCUCGUCCCCCAGCUCACAUCGCUAUAGCACCGCAUCGUAUACACCGCCGCGAACAUCGUAAGUCCAUCGCCGCUCUUGCUCGACUCUACGUACCAGCAAGCACCACACCAAACGCCCCCAUCCCUUCGGCCUCUUUGUUUUUGUUUCGAAACCAGCACCGUACGCUAACCUGGCCCUGCCUCUCCCCAGCCACCCUCGUCGGCGCACCCACCUGGCCCGCGAAUCGUCCAAUUACGUCACCGCACACAGCUUCCAACAAACACGCCCCGCUACAUUUCUGCUCGGAGGGACGAACAGAAAUCGACAGGACAAGUCGCCGCACGACGUUCCUGAGUCAUCGCCGUCCUCUUGUCUAAACACGCAAUGGGCGCACGACCUCUCCUAGGCUUCCUCUCGCUCGUCCUCCUGGCCGGAGGCGUGCUGCUGCAGUUCUUCGUCAUCCUGGCUGGCACCUCCAACACCAAGCCUCUCAACCUCGUUUACUUCCUCCAGACCACCACCACCGGUAUCAAUGGUGCACGCGACCCCUCGCGCUGGACGCCCUUCUACAUCUGCGGCGUCGAUUCCAGCGGACACAAUGCCAACUGUGGCAAACCCGUGCCCGCCCUCCCAUUCAACCCGCCUGGAAAGAGCAACUUCGACACGGACAUUGGCGUCCCCGCUGCCUUCAUCGGCACCCACAAGUACUUUUACCUUUCGCGCUUCGCCUUCGCCUUCUUGCUCAUUUCCAUGUUCUUCUCCGUCAUCGCCCUCUUCACCGGCCUGUUGGCCCUGUGCACUCGUCUGGGCGCAUACAUGUCCAGCCUGAACACCUUCCUUGCCGCCGGCUUCCAAGUGCUCUUUGCUGCUCUAAUGACCGCUUGGAGCGUUAUGGGUCGUGACCAUUUUAACGCUGAUGGCCAGACAGCCAAGCUGGGCCGCUACGGCUACGGCUUCACCUGGGCCUCGGUUGCCUGCUUCUUCAUCUCCACGGUCCUCUUCUGCAUCGGCGGCUCCACCGGCCGCGGGAGGGACUAUGAAGCCGGUCGCUCGCGCGGCGGACUCUUCGGCCGCAAGCGCAGCACCCGCUCCCGCCACUCGCAGCGUGGUUCUUUCCUAGGCAGCGAACGCAGCGGCAUUAAGGAUGACUACUCUUAAAUGCCGACUGCUCUGCGUUCAUGUGUUUACAUUCCGACACCAGAAAUUGCCAUGUCCUUCACCUACUCCGCCUCUUGGUCUGAAGUGGGUUUGGCGUUUCGACGCGUGCGUGAGACCUGGUCUCUUGUUUCGCGGCAGAAGGAAACGAAUGAAAAGCCCCUUAGUUGUACAAUCGCAUAUUGUUCUGGUACUCUGUCUCGUUGACCUUUUUGGUUGGGUACUGGUUGGAACUCUUUCAACCCAGACCGCAAUACCAGCGAUGCGGCAUGUUUACUUGCAACGCUCGUUUUUGAUGGAGAGCCGACCCGCCCCACACAUAGACGCUGCAUCGUAGUCAGUUGUCGUCGCACGGCAAAUUCCUCUUCUUGUAUGAUGUAAUGUCUAUCUUACGAACAAACACCUGUCCCCCCGUAUCCAUGGAUGCGGUCCGGGCUCAUUAUAUAUACACACAACAUAAUCAAUCUAAUGUUACUAAAUCGUUUGCCUUAA